UACAUGCGCAAAACUUUUUAACUUUGAUUUAUGAUUAGUAAAAUCAAAGUAAGACUAUGGGCAUUUAUGUCAAACAAAAAUCUAAAGGUGGGCCACCACAACCUCCACCAGCUAUAAAUUCAUACCUUCAUAUACAAGCCACCCUUCUUUCCUCCAAUACACAUAAUACCCACUUCUACACUCUCCCUUCCUUCUCUUUACUUCACAAGUUCAUAACUCUCCACCGCACUACCCAACCUAUUUAACCAAAGCUAAACCUUCCCAAACUAUAAAAUCCAACCAGUAAUCCCACAUUUCCCCAAUAAUGGUUGAUGUGGACCGUAGAAUGAUUGGUCUCAACCCGGCUCACCUCGCCGGUCUCCGCCGUCUAUCCGCUCGUGCCGCCUCCGGUCCAUCUCCUCCAACCCCUCUUCCUUCUCGUGUUUCUCUCUCCUCCCUCGCAUCCAAACUCAUCUCCCACCUUAAAUCCUCCGGUAUUCAAGUCCAACCCGGGUUAAACGAUUCCGAGUUCGCCCGCUCCGAAGCUGAGUUUGGGUUCGCUUUCCCCCCUGACCUCAAAGCUGUCCUCCAAGCGGGCCUCCCAGUCGGGCCGGGAUUCCCUGACUGGCGUUCACCUGGAGCCCGUCUCCAUCUCAAAGCCCUCAUCAACCUCCCUAUCGCAGCUAUCUCUUUCCAGAUCGCUAAAAACUCACUCUGGUCUAAAUCAUGGGGUUCACGGCCUUCCGACCCGGAAAAGGCGCUUAAAAUCGCGAGAACCUCCCUCAAACGGGCCCCACUCUUGAUCCCCAUUUUUAACCAUUGUUAUAUCCCUUGCAACCCUUGUUUAUCUGGGAACCCGGUUUUUUACGUCGACGAGAAUCGGAUCUUUUGCUGUGGGCUUGAUUUAUCCGAUUUCUUCGAACGUGAAUCCUUAACACCUUGUAGUACCUUCGACGACAACGCUGCACUUCGGAAACAGAGAUCCUUCAGUGGAUCUUCAUCGUCGUCGUCGUCAUCUUCCUCGUACUCCAACUUCUCCCGGAAGUCUCUGGAAGGUUCUAGAACCCCUCGAUGGGUAGAGUUCUGGAGCGAUGCCGCCGUCGACCGCCAGAAAAGAAAUUCCAACUCUACUUCCUCACCGGAGAGAUUCUUCGACAUGCCUAAAACGGAAACGCCGAAGUGGGUCCAGGAUUACGUCAACCAAAUCGGGUCGGUUUUAAAGGAAGGUGGAUGGGAUGAAUCCGAUGUGUCAGAGAUCGUCCACGUGUCAGCUUCUGGGUUUUUCGGAGGUGGUGAGAUGGUGCUUUUGGAUAAUCAAGCGGUGUUGGAUGCUCUCCUUUUAAAAGCGGAUCGUUUUUCGGAUUCGUUAAGGAAAGCCGGGUGGAGCUCCGAGGAAGUUACGGAUGUACUCGGGUUUGAUUUUAGAGUACCGGAGAAGGAGAGAAAACCGGUGAAAAACCUAUCGCCCGAGCUGGUUAAUAGAAUUGGGAAACUGGCUGAGUCGGUGUCCCGGUCGUCGCAAAAACUUGGUGCAGCAGCUUCAUAAUUGGCGGGGUUACCGGUAACUGCGCAUAGAGAUUUUUUUUCUUUUCCUCAUUUUUAAAGAAUGAUUAUUUCUAUAUUUUUAUUUUUAUUAUUUCUCUUCUUUUGGGGGGAUUUACUCGAUGUUGUACUAUGAAAGGAAAGUGAUUAUACAAAAAAAAACAGUGGAUAUAUCAAUAUUAAUGAAACAAUUCAAAUAAAUACAUCACUAAUUUUCCGUAUCA